ACAAACAUUCCAUAAUUUGCUUGAACCAUUCACGUCUGAGAACUAGCUAACAUUUUGACUAAUAAAAACCAAAUCAUCUUGAUGUGUGAUUGCAUUAAGCCAAAUAAUGGUUUAGAAGAGUAUAGUUAAGAUCUAGUCAUGAAUCUUCGGGGAUUCUUUCAAGAUUUCAACCCCAGUAAAUUCCUCAUUUAUGCCUGCCUGCUGCUGUUCUCUGUUCUGCUGUCCCUGCGUUUGGAUGGCGUCAUCCAAUGGAGCUAUUGGGCCGUGUUUGCCCCCAUAUGGCUAUGGAAACUCAUGGUCAUUAUCGGUGCGUCAGUGGGCACAGGCGUCUGGGCUCACAACCCACAAUACAGGGCUGAGGGAGAGACCUGUGUUGAGUUCAAGGCCAUGCUGAUCGCUGUGGGAAUCCACUUACUCCUGCUCACCUUUGAGGUGCUGGUGUGCGACCGCGUGGAGAGGGGCACCCACUUCUGGCUGCUGGUCUUCAUGCCCCUGUUCUUUGUCUCUCCUGUGUCUGUUGCAGCCUGUGUCUGGGGUUUCCGCCACGAUCGCUCACUGGAGCUGGAGAUCUUGUGCUCGGUCAACAUUCUCCAGUUUAUCUUCAUUGCCCUGCGACUGGAUAAAAUCAUCAGUUGGCCCUGGCUGGUGGUCUGCGUGCCUCUGUGGAUCCUCAUGUCCUUCCUGUGCCUGGUGGUGCUCUACUACAUCGUGUGGUCGGUCCUCUUCCUGCGCUCCAUGGACGUCAUCGCAGAGCAACGGCGCACCCACAUUACCAUGGCCGUCAGUUGGAUGACCAUCGUCGUGCCCCUGCUCACCUUCGAGAUCCUGCUGGUUCACAAACUGGACGGCCACUAUGGCUCCAGCUACGUGUCGGUGUUCGUGCCCCUCUGGGUGUCGCUGAUAACUCUGAUGGCCACCACCUUUGGCCAGAAAGGAGGCAACCACUGGUGGUUUGGCAUCCGAAAGGACUUCUGCCAGUUUCUUCUUGAGCUCUUUCCUUUCCUGCGGGAGUAUGGCAACGUUUCCUACGACCUGCACCACGAGGACCCUGAGGUGUCCGAGGAGAUGCCAGCACACGACCCACCAAAAAUAGCCCCCAUGUUUCGCAAAAAGACUGGCGUGGUAAUCACACAGAGUCCAGGGAAAUACUUUGUGCCUCCUCCGAAACUGUGCAUUGACAUGCCAGACUAAAUCAAAGCUUAGCGACCACGGCUCCAGAGCUUUGAGUGACUUCAGGCACCAGACUCCUGUGGUGCACUGACCUCCCAUGUCAAGAAGAGGCAUUUUCCAUGUACAGCAACUCACUCCUUGUGAGCGAUGGGACCUGGUUGGACGGGGGAUUUGGACGUGGGUUUUUAGUGAAAACGAGAGAACAUGGGAGAGAACGUGGAACAAAAGGCACUCUUAAUCGACAGGGUUUUUCUGUUCUGUUGACAGUGAAAAGAGUUUCAUUUCAUUGAUCCAUGUGAUAUACUGUACAGUACUUUCUAUUUUCCUUGCAAUGAAACAAAAUAUCCCUGAAGCUUUCAUUCUCCAUAUUCAUCUUUCACAUUAUUCCAGCGGAAGAAACUUUUGUUUGCAAAAACACUGAAUCUCUGUGAAACCUAAUUACAGUGUCCGCAUUAAACCUAGAUUAUUGUAGUUAGGCUAAGAUUAGCUUUGUACUAGGGAUAUAUAUUUUUGUUUUAUUAAAUAAUUUAAGGAUUCUGAAUUGGGGGAACAUGUAAUAUAGUGUAUAUUAUACCCCAACAGCUAUUUGGAUGAUUUUGUUUUCUUUUCCUGAAUUAUGUCCAUACCCUGAUCUCUGUCCACUCCAUAUUAUUUGUAUUUAUGUUUACAAAACUGUUCCAUUAGUGUGGUGGUUUUCAAGCUGAGAUUGGAUCCUUUGAAGGUACAGCAGGGGGUCAUUUGGUGAGAUUUAUUUUUAAUUCAAAUGUUUCUCUCAGCCACUGUCAAAACGUGUAGACUUGCAGGAUAGCAGCUUUAAAUCUACAAGAACAAAUCUCUCUAACCCAUUACAUAAA